AUUAAUGAGGCGGGCAAGAAGCCCAAGCCCUGGGGGGGGCUGCCCCCACCCGGCCAGGAGGUGGGGGUCCCAGGGGCCAAGCCAACUCCCAGGAGCCUCUCUCAGAGAAGCAAGGCAGUUAAGGCCCGGAGUGGCCCCUCCCCAGCACCAGGAGCACAGAGAGGGGUCCCUGUCCCUGAAGGGCCCCAGUGGGCGUGCGCAGAGUGGAGCAGCCCCGAAGGCCGGCAGGGCGCGGUGGAGGCGGGAGCCACGAGCUGCCCCAGGAAGAGGGCGGGCAGGAACAGCCUGGCCAGGGCCGGGCGCGGUGGGUGCUGACGCGUGGGGGCCAUGGGGGCCUUGUGUCCCAGACAGCACCAGGUAAGAGGGAAGGGUAGAGGGCAUGAGGGGGCACAGGAGAUGGGACCACUAUUACCUUGAUCUUGUCCUGCUUGGCUCUCAAUCCCCACUGUCUGUCCCUGCCCAUCUUCCCGUCUUUCCAUCCUCCCUUCUCAUCUGGCCCCGGGGGAGUUUGCCUGUCAGCCCUCAGUGCCAGGCAGUGGAGGAGUGUGUGUGUGGUCUUGGGCUGCCUGAGCCUGUCCUAGAGAGGACAGGAGAAUGGGGAGGCAGGACUAAAACCGGGGUUCAUGAGGACAGAGAUGUAGUUUCAGGGACAGAGACAGUACCAUGGAAAUCAAAACUGGGAGCAUGAGGACAGAAUGCCCUGGCAACAGAGACAUAGCCACAGGGCAGAGCCUGAGGCACAGAUGGGACUGUGAGGACAGCCAGACCACAUCAAGGCAGGCAGAGGUGGGUUCCUGGGAGAGAUGUGCCAAAGGUAGUGUAGUAGUACUGGGGCAUUGAGGAUAGGACUCAAGGAAAGGUGACAUGGAUUCAGUCAGAAACAGGGGCAGUCAGAGACUGGGUGGCUAACAUCACAGAGUCAGAGUGAGCCAGAAAUUCACCAUGAGGUAAAAGCGUGAAGCAGGGGGCAAUUGGGCCUGUGAGACCCAGAGAUAAGAUGUGGAAAGCUGUUGCUGGGGGAGUUGAAGUGGGGACAGUGUGAGCAGAGUGCAGGGGGAGGCUGGGAAGCAUCCAGGUCAUUUGGAGUCACAAGAAGACAGAGGCAUCUGACAGCCUCAUGACCUGGGAAUGGGACAGCACUGAGUCCUCAGCAGGCCUCACCGUGCCCUCCUCUCUCCUACCCAGCCCUCCCGGCACCUGACAUGAGUCCCUGCGGGCCUCUGAACUCAAGCCUGCCUGGUGAGGCGAGCACAUGUGAGGCACCCGGGGUCUCAAACGCGUCGGCGCCAUCCAGUGGUCCCAGCGCAUCGCCGGCGCUACCCAUCUUCUCCAUGACGCUAGGCGCCGUGUCCAACGUGCUGGCCCUGGUGCUGCUGGCACAGGCUGCGGGCCGGCUGCGGCGCCGCCGCUCUGCCGCCACCUUCCUGCUGUUUGUCGCCAGCCUACUGGCCACAGACCUGGCGGGCCACGUGAUCCCGGGUGCGCUGGUACUGCGCCUGUAUGCUGCAGGGCGUGCGCCAGCCGGCGGGACCUGCCACUUCCUUGGGGGCUGCAUGGUCUUCUUCGGGUUGUGCCCGCUACUGCUGGGCUGCGGAAUGGCUGUGGAGCGCUGUGUGGGCCUCACACGCCCACUGCUGCACGCAUCGCGCGUAUCAGUGGCCCGUGCGCGUAUGGCACUGGGCAUGCUGGCUGCGGUGGCCUUGGCCGUGGCACUGCUGCCGCUGGCAAACGUAGGACGGUAUGAGCUGCAGUACCCGGGUACUUGGUGCUUCAUUGGCCUCGGACCACCUGGGGGCUGGCGCCAGGUGGUGCUUGCGGGUCUCUUUGCCGGUCUCGGCCUGGCCGCGCUUCUCGCAGCACUCGUGUGCAAUUCGCUCAGUGGCCUGGCCCUGUUGCGCGCACGUUGGCGCCGCCACCGUUCCCGACGGCUCCCCGAGGUCGUGAGCGCCGACAGCCGCCGGCGCUGGGCACCGCGCUCAGCCUCUGCCUCGUCCACCUCAUCCAUCGCCUCAGCCUCUGCUACCCUGCGCAGCUCCCGAGGCGGUGGCUCGGCGCGCAGAAGCCGUGCACACGACGUGGAGAUGGUGGGCCAGCUCGUAGGCAUCAUGGUGGUGUCCUGCAUCUGCUGGAGCCCCCUGCUGGUGCUGGUGGUGCUGGCCAUUGGGGGCUGGAGUCCCAGUUCCCUGCAGCGACCACUCUUACUGGCCGUGCGUCUCGCCUCUUGGAACCAGAUCCUGGACCCCUGGGUGUACAUCCUGCUGCGCCAGGCUGUGCUGCGCCAGCUGCUCCGCCUGCUCCCCGUGAGAGCAGGUGCCCAGGGCGGGGCCACUGAGCUGGGCCCCACCAAGGGUGCAUGGGAAGGCAGCUCACUGCGCAGUUCAAGACACAGUGGCCUUGGCCACUGCUGACUGCAGGGCUGAUCUGCUGCAUGCAGUAAAGCCAUUUCCAGAGCCAGGGGUGGGUCUAUCCCAUCAGGGCUGUGCUCCAGAGAGGCAUCCCAACCAUGGGGGCCAUAUACUAUGCUCUGCCUGGGGCACCAAGGCUCUGGGUUGCUCCAAGUCCCCACAGACUCCAUUCAGCUUACCACAGCCCUAUGCUCACCCAACAUCCGGUGCCCACACCUCACCUCAUC